GGGUUCAGUACGAUCUUUUGGAGUAUGUGUGAUAGGUGUAUUUUAUUUCGUGUCUACAAAAUUUCAGAUAAAUUUCAGCAACACACAGGCAGGUCUUCCAAAUUAGUUUGCUCUUGAAAUUCGAAACCAGAACUGCUGCGGGCCGGUGGCGAUUUUGAGAGACCUGGGAAGCUGACUCGCUCAACAGAAAAUUCAAGAGAUCGCCAUGGACAGAAGCCACAAGUCGGAUGAGGCCUUUGGUCACAACAGUCGCCGCGUCAUGUGGAAGCUUAGCGAGGAGGAGGAAACCUUCGAUUCCCUGGUUAACUAUCGCCGCCUUCCAGUGCGCAGCCAGUCCGACCAUCAAAACCGAAGCCAGGUCAGCGGUGCGCCCACCAAGAAACGGACGGCCACUGAGAAUUGGCUUCUGCUAGUGCGCGACCUAGAGAAGAAGGAAGCCAGCAGCAUGGAAGAGGCCAAGAAGUCGUCCAGCCAGCGGGAGACGUCUUGGAGUGCCCAUCCCCAAACAUCGGCCACCUCGCUGCCCGAGGUGAAGGAGACCAGCGCCAAGGAACGGGCCAUCAUCUACUGGCGGCGUCUCUUCGAUGGCAUCCACAAGCGGCAGAGGGGCGAAAAGAAGUCAGCCGGAGUGGAGCAGGAGGAUCCGGCGGAAAUCGUUCUUACCGCAAAGCCCAGCCUGGCAUUGCGCUACAAGCCCUCCCACGAGUCGCUGAAGCACAAGCGGAGCAAGGACCUGGCUCCCGAGCGAUGCCCGAGCUCGACCCGGGCGUCGACGUCCUGCAAACUGGUGUCGGACAUUCAGCUGGAGUCCUUCAGCCUGCCGCCGCAGCAGACGUGCGUGGUGCGCGAGGUGGCGCCUCGGUUCGCCCACCGAAGGCGGCUGUCGAUAGCCAACGACACGGACUCAUGCUGCUCCGGCGAGCUGGAGGUCCCCAAAAACAGUCCCGUCCAGGACCAGGAGCCAGGACCCCGACCGCGCAGCGAACUGAUCAGUGUCCAUGUCUCAGCGCCCACCAGCUCCUCGUUCAUGGAGGCGGCGCGGCGGAGCACAUCCCCGGUGAGGCGUCGCACUGCGGUGAGCAAGGUGGCCGCCGGGACGAAGGGCGGAUCAUCACCAGCAGCGGGGGGCAACAAGUGCUCCAGUGCCAGUAGCGGCAGUGCGGGCACCACCACCACCCUGCCCACUUUCCGGCAGCGACAGCAGGAACUGCAUCGCUAUCGGGUUAUGAUAGAGCGACGCCGACUCGAUCUUCUGGAGCUGAAGAUAGCCCGCGAGCGCGAGGAGGCGCUGCACAACGAGAUCCUGUUCCACAAGGACCUGCAGAUCAAGGACAACAUGAUCAAGGCGUACGAGGACAACGACUGCUCUAAUGCUUAGGGCCUUUCAUUUCGCUUUUAAAUUCAUGAAGGUUUCCAAAAUAGUUCGCCAUUGCACUGGCCGCAGUAGUUCAAAACUCUCACCUAAAAUAAACAACAAUCAUUUCACACCAAA